AUGCUUGAAAGUGUGAAGAACUUACAUGCUCCAUCUAAUCAUGUCAUACUUCAUGUUUGUAUCACAAAUAUUGAAGGUCUAUACAUUUCUUCUGACAUAUGGGUUUCAAAAUUUGGGGUUUUUAUGGGAUUUGAAGUUAUGGAGAUGCAAGGUGCCCUCAAGGUGCUCGAUGAAAUGCCAGACUAUUUUGGUUAUGCAAAAGUAGAUCGACGAGGUCUUAUUAUGCUGACAUUUCGGCCUGCUAUUGGUGAGCGCAAAUGUGAUUCAGAAAAAGAAACAGUGACAGAAGUUGGAUCAUUCAUAAGUUUAGGUCCAGGAGAUUCUUGUGAAUUCUUCCAUGAUCCAUUAAUACAAUUGAGUGCAGCUUUCAGUGUAUGUGUUGGCGACUCUGUUGCUGCUGAGGUUAGAAGAUCUGUAACAGCUGGAAUUUCAGGUAUUAAAGGCACAAAAAGAAAUGUUGAGGUUUGGCAAGCUCUUUUGGUAGUUAGGUCACUUGUAUUUCCUCCUACAGACGAGGAUAGUGAAACCUGGUUGAAAUUUGCUUCACUUUGCCGAAAAAGCGGUAGGAUUAGUCAAGCCAAAUCCACUUUAAUUAAACUCUUACAGGAUCUAGCAAUAGAGCUUUCAAGUUCUUCUGGUCUUCAAGUAUCUACACCAACUGGCUUUGGAGGUGUUCCACAUGUAUCUCUUAUGGCACGUGGCAUGAGUCCAUCAGCUGUAGCUGAAGGCAUGGUGUUAGUUUUUUUUGCAAGCAAAUGCAAUAUGUCCUUCGGAUCCACUUUUCAUGAACAAAUUCAUUGGGCACACAAAAGAUGUCAUGGGUUUGAUCAACUGGACCACUAA